AGUACGAAGUCACUUGCGUGUUCCGUUCGACACAGCGCAACGCGUGUGAUGCGACCAUUAAGUACAGCAAAUUCGUAGUUCUUCCAAGUUUGCGACUUGCAAAUCAUGCUUUGGGGAAUUUCCUAGGUCACAAUGGCAAACACACACUCCAUCAUGUCUAGACCACGAUGGCUGUUCCUGGUUUGGUCCCCGGCUCAUCAGCUUUCUGAAGAACACGCUCUCUCCUGCACAUCUCUGUAUCAAAUUGCUGGCGGCUCGGUGGCAAGCCUUGUUGGACAAUGCCGACUGCCGAUGACAUGCUUGACUUUUGUCUCUUUUGCCCGUCAACUGCAUCAUGUUCGCUCCCCAGUAAACUGCUUGCAGUUUCGUCUCUUUAAAUUUACACAUAGGCAGCUGUACACUAUGCUCUCCAAGGACAAGACUGCGAGCAUAGUUCGCCGUCAACUACUUCUCUUUUCCUGGCGUUCUUAUUGCUAUUCUGCACUCCUUUGCUUCGCGACUAUGACGACCUGCAGUGACAAAGACCUCGCAAGGAAAUGCGCUUAUUUGCCUGAACCACGGCCAUUUCACACUCUUUUGCUUUUUAUUAUUGGGUCCCUAUCCGGCCGUGCGGCGUAAACCGCAUGCAAUUACUUCGGCUCCCACAUGUCAUUGCUUUCAACGGUUGUCAAGCUCUUACAAUUGCCCGCGCUGUUCUCCGAGUCAACCUCCAGCGAAUAAACCCCUUCGCACACGGGCAAUUAUAUCGCACUAGCCACAGUACAUAUCAUAUACACCAGCCUGCAUGUAUUGCGUGCUUCCAC